AGUGCGGGCUUGGGGACUGUGGUGUGCCGGCGGUCCCGCGGACUGGGGGGCGGGGGUCGUUGCAGACGGGAUCCCUUCAGACGGGCGCGGGCCCCUGGCACAGGGAUCCCUAUGAAGGCGGGCGGAGAGCCUCUGAAGGUGGUCCGAGGCAAGCGGGCCGCUCUCUUCUUCGCUGCUGUGGCCAUCGUGCUCGGGUUGCCGCUCUGGUGGAAGACGACGGAGACCUACCGGGCCCCGUUGCCUUACUCCGAGAUCAGUGGGCUGGACGCCCUGCAGCUGCGGCUCAUGGUGCCCGUCACUGUCGUGUUUACCCGAGAGUCAGUGCCGUUGGACGACCAGGAGAAGCUGCCCUUCACCGUUGUGCAUGAGAGAGAGAUCCCUCUGAAAUACAAAAUGAAAAUCAAGUGUCGUUUCCAGAAGGCCUAUCGGAGGGCCGUGGACCAUGAGGAAGAGGCCCUGUCACUGGGCAGUAUGCAAGAGGCAGAAGCCAUGUUAGCUGAGCCACAGGAGCAAGCAGAGGGCUCCCUCACUGUGUACGUGAUCCCUGAACACUCCUCACUUCUGCCCCAGGACAUGAUGAGUUACAUUGGGCCCCAGAGGACAGCAGUCGUGCGAGGGAUAACGCACCGCGAGGCCUUUAGCAUCGUCGGCCGUCGGGUAAUCCAAGUAGCACAGGCCAUGUCUUUGACUGAGGAUGUGCUUGCCGCGGCCCUGGCUGACCACCUUCCAGAGGACAAGUGGAGCUCUGAUAAGAGGCGGCCUCUCAAGUCCAGCUUGGGCUAUGAGAUCACCUUCAGUUUACUCAACCCAGACCCCAAGUCCCACGACGUCCACUGGGACAUCGAGGGGGCCGUCCGGCGCUACGUGCAGCCCUUCCUGAGUGCCCUCAGCGCUGCCGGCAACUUCUCUGUGGACUCUCAGAUUCUUUACUAUGCAGUGUUGGGGGUAAACCCUCGCUUCGACCCAGCUUCCUCUAGCUACUACUUGGCCACGCACAGCCUCCCCCAUGUCAUCAAUCCAGUGGAGUCCCGGCUGGGAUCCAGCGCCGCCUCCCUUUACCCUGUGCUCAACUUUCUGCUCUACGUGCCUGAGCUUGCCCACUCCCCACUGUACAUUCAGGACAAGGACGGGGCUCCCGUGGCCACCAACGCCUUCCACAGUCCCCGCUGGGGUGGCAUUAUGGUGUACAACGUGGACCCCAAAGCCUACAAUGCCUCGAAGCUGCCGGUGAGGGUUGAAGUGGAUAUGGUGCGGGUGAUGGAGGUGUUCCUGGCUCAGUUGCGGCUGCUCUUUGGGAUUGCUCAGCCCCAGUUGCCUCUGAAAUGCCUGUUUUCAGGGCCUAAGAGUGAAGGGCUAACGACCUGGGAGCUUGACCGGCUGCUCUGGGCUCGGUCAGUGGAGAACCUGGCCACCGCCACCACCACUCUCACUUCCCUGGCCCAGCUUCUGGGCAAGAUCAGCAACAUUGUCAUCAAGGACGACGUGGCAUCUGAGGUGUACAGGGCUGUAGCUGCAGUCCAGAAGGCGGCAGAAGAGUUGGCCUCUGGGCACCUGGCCUCUGCCUUCACCGCAAGCCAGGAGGCUGUGACGUCCUCGGAGCGUGCCUUUUUUGAUCCCUCGCUCCUCCACCUCCUCUAUUUCCCUGACGACCAGAAGUUUGCCAUCUACAUCCCGCUCUUCCUGCCUAUGGCUGUGCCCAUCCUCCUGUCCCUGGUCAAGAUCUUUCUGGAAACCCGCAAGUCCUGGAAAAAGCCUGAGAAGAUAGACUGAGCAGGACAGUGUCGCAGUAGGAAAGCUUCCUUUCUGGCCACCGUGGGAGGUGUUAGAUUGAGAGGCACAUAAAUGGGGCCUGCCACGAAGGACUUGGCUCCAGUAACCAAAGUGUAAACACUCCAAGCAGGGUUAUCUUUUCUUCCCUUCCCAUUCCUCUGGCUCAGGCUCUCCCCACCCUUUGUGCCCUCUACCUCCCUCCAGAAGACACAUCAUUGGGGCCUGGUUAUCUGGCUUGAACUUGAAGGCCCUUUCCUGUCUCCCCCUGUGCUUCUGUCCUGUUCCUUGAAGUCCUCCUGCACUCACGGGGAGCAUUAGGGGAAAGCCCUGGGUUGGAUUCUAGCCUCCGCUCCUCCAUGCUUCUCUCUAGCCCCUCAGGGGCUAGCACUGCUCUCAUGGAAGGAGCCAGGUCACCUCUGGGGCCUUCUUUUUCCUUCCCUCCUGGCUGGCUGUGCCGAUGGAGGGAAGCCUGAUGCUAUGCGUGUGGCCGAAUUUCCCUUCACUCUCUUACAGAGGUGGCUUGGUGCAGCGGGAACGUUCCAGAUUGGGAUCAAGCAUGCCUGAAUUCCUUCUGCCCUUAUCAUCUGGGGAGCAUUGAAUAAGCCACUUAAUCUCCCUGAGCCUCAGUUUUUCAUUUGUUAAAAUAGCACUAAUGAUAGCUUGCUUACAAGGUGGUUAUGAGGAUUAAGUGUGAUAAGCAUAUGAAAGCGUCUGGCAUAUUUUAGGCCCUCAAUAAACAUUGGUUGAAUGUGAAUUGGAA